AUGAAAUCACUGUCCUUUAUUAUAGCGUCGGGUCUUCUUGGCCUGGCAGGCGCUGAAUCCAUCGGCGUCCUCAAGUCUAAUGGCGUGGCCUUGGGCAGCUGGGAAAUUGCCUACGAGAAGGCUUCUGACUUUGUGGAAUCGCUUACCCCAGCCCAAAAGCUUUCUUUAAUCACCGGCUCUAACGUUAACACUACCGAUGGCACCUUCGACGCCCUUACCUUCCUGGACGGGGAGAUGGGUCUUCAGAACUACUUCUACGUAUCUGCUUUCGGUCAAGCCAACGCGAUUGCCAUGACCUGGGAUGAGGAGGCUAUAUAUGCCCAGGCUAAGGCCGUUGGCUUCGAGUUCUAUAGUAAAGGUGUGCAGGUCCUGUCUGGUCCGACCAGUCAGCCAUUGGGAAGAACUCCCUGGGGAGGAAGAGGCGUUGAGGGAUGUGGGCCCGAUCCAUACUUGAACGGAUUGGUUACUGGAUUAAGCACCAAGGGCUAUGCUGAUGCUGGAGUCAUUCCGGGUGCUAAGCACUUUUUACUCUAUGAGCAAGAAACCAACCGAACUGGCGGCGGCGGCGGCGGUGGUGGUGGAGGCCCUGGAGGAUCUCCACCGGGGAUGUCGACGGGGUCAACUGCAUCCUCAGCUGCAUCCGCCUCUGGAACCCCUCAACCGUCUGGGGGUGCAUCAUCUGGUGGCCCUCCGUCCGGUGGCGGCGCCACUGAGCCCGGCUCCAGCUCUGCUUCAUCUGCGCCUUACUCCUCUAACACCGACGACAAAACGCUUCAUGAAACCUACCUCUGGCCCUUCUACGAUGCUGUCCGGAACGGCAUGGGCGCCGUCAUGUGUGCCAUGAUCAAGGUUAACGGUACUAUGGCCUGCCAGAACUCCGAUCUACUCAUGAAGCAUCUCAAGACCGAGCUGGGUUUCCCUGGUCUCGUCUGGCCAGACGCCAACGCCCAAGACAGCGCAACACUCUCGGCCUUGAACGGAGAGGACUACGGAUCCAGCAGCAUCUGGUCCAACUCGACGAUCGAGACUCUCCUAUCCAAUGGCACUCUGACUCAGGCUCGGUUCAACGACAUGGCGAUUCGUAAUGUCAUCGGAUACUUCCACGUUGGACUGGAUAACGGCAAACAGCCUAGUGUACAGGAUCAAGAUGCAUACGUCGAUGUGCGAACGAACCACUCCAAAUUGAUCCGCCAAAACGGCGCAAAGUCCUUAGCUCUUCUCAAGAACAACGGUGGCCUCCCGCUUAACAAGCCUCGCGUCAUGAGUGUUUUUGGCGCCCACGCCGGCGCCAUUACUGGUGGCCCCAACACCGCCAUGGAUAUUAACGGAUCCGGACCUACGUACCAGGGACACCUGGCCACGGGUACUGGGUCGGCCCAGUCCUCUUAUCCUUACCUGAUUACGCCGCACAUUGCCCUGACAAACAGAGGCGUUGAGGACGGAACUAUGCUACGUUGGAUUCUGAACGACACGUACACUUCUAGCGGCGGAUCGUCGCUAAUCCCCGAAUCGACCGAUAGCACGGCCGUUUCACCGUCAUAUGAGAACUACGCCAGCGGCUCUGACGUCUGCUUGGUUUUUCUGAAUGCCCUCUCCGGUGAAGGUGCUGAUCGGACGGAGCUGUACAACACCGAUCAAGACACUAUGGUCAACACAGUUGCGGACAACUGCAACAACACGGUUGUCGUGCUGAACACUGUUGGGCCCAGACUCAUCGACCAGUGGAUCGAGCAUGAAAACGUCACUGCUGUCCUCUACGGAUCUCUUCUCGGCCAAGAGUCCGGUAACUCUAUCGCGGAUGUUCUCUACGGCGACGUGAACCCAUCAGGCCGGUUGAUCUAUUCCCUUGUCAAGAAUGAAAGCGACUAUAAUGUCGAUCUGUGCUAUACAUCUCAGUGCAACUAUACCGAAGGUGUCUACCUUGACUACCGCUACUUCGACGCCAACAACGUCACCGUCCGCUACCCCUUCGGUCAUGGUCUGUCCUACACUAGCUUCUCCUACUCCAACCUGAACGUCCACGAUCCCUCGCCUCUCUCCAAAUACCCGACGGGCGCCCACUCUGUUGGCGGAGACAGCGACUUGUGGGACACAGUCGGCAAUGUCUCGGUGACAGUGCAUAACACCGGCUCUGUGGACGGUGCCGAGGUGCCUCAACUCUAUCUUGGCUUCCCCGAGGCUGCGGGUCAGCCUGUUCGCCAGCUGCGUGGGUUCAAGAGAGUCGAUAUUAAAGCGGGAGAGGGUAAGAAAGUCAACUUCAAUCUGAGACGCAGAGAUCUAUCAUACUGGGAUGUGAAGGCGCAGAAGUGGGCUGUUGCGCAGGGCGAAUAUAAGGUGUUUGUUGGGGCCAGCUCGAGGGACCUCAAACUCAACGGACGUUUUACGGUGCGGGAUAGGCCUAUGCUUUGA